AUUCGCCUCAGCGACUCCAGAGCGCCGCGCCCCAGAGACGCGUACCGACAGAAACAAACGGUUGCAGAAAGAAACAGUGUCCAAAAUCCCUCUAACGGAGAAAAACCUAAAGUUCCCCGCCUGUCCCAGAGUCUCUGUCCACUCCAGCCGCACAACUAGACCCACAUAAGCGUGUGUGAUGAACGGAGACUCAGGUGCAGGGGUGGUGACGGCCCCCCCGCCCACCAAUCCCCCUCAUAAGGAGCGUUAUUUCGACCGCGUGGACGAGAGCAGCCCGGAGUACCAGAGAGAGAGGAACAUGGCGCCGGAUCUGAGGCAGGACUUCAACAUGAUGGAGCAGCGCAAGAGAGUCUCCAUGAUCCUGCAGAGUCCAGCGUUCUGCGAUGAGCUGGAGUCUCUGAUCCAGGAUCAGAUGAAGAAGGGGAAAACCCCCACCAGUUUACUAGCACUGCAGCAGAUCGCUGACUUCAUGACCACCAGCGUCCCCACCGUGUACCCCGCCGCCCCACAGGGAGGAAUGGCCGCCCUUAACAUGAGUUUGGGGAUGGUGACUCCAGUGAAUGAUCUGAGAGGUUCAGACUCCAUCGCUUAUGAGAAAGGAGAGAAGCUCUUACGCUGUAAACUUGCUGCGUUUUACCGCCUUGCCGACCUUUUUGGCUGGUCUCAGCUCAUCUACAACCACCUGACGAUCCGGCUGAACUCUGAACAGGAGCGUUUUCUGAUUGUCCCUUUCGGGCUUCUGUACAGUGAAGUCACUGCCUCCAGUUUGGUCAAGAUUAACCUGCAGGCGGAGAUCGUAGACAGAGGCAGCACUAAUCUGGGUGUAAAUCAGGCUGGAUUCACCCUUCACUCUGCCAUCUACGCUGCCCGACCGGACGUCAAGUGCAUAGUGCACAUUCACACGCCCGCCGGUGCCGCGGUGUCUGCCAUGAAGUGUGGUCUGCUGCCCAUUUCACCCGAGGCUCUGGCGCUGGGCGAGGUGGCGUACCACGAUUACCACGGUAUCCUUGUGGACGAGGAGGAGAGCGUCCUCAUACAGAAGAACCUGGGUCCCAAGAGCAAGGUGUUGAUUUUGAGGAAUCACGGUCUUAUGUCUGUUGGAGAAACAGUCGAAGAGGCAUUUUAUUACAUUCACAACCUGGUCACAGCCUGUGAGAUUCAGGUGCGCACCCUGGCCAGUGCAGGGGGUCCUGACAACCUGGUUAUGUUGGACCCAAGCAAGUAUAAAUCCCGCCCACGCCACCUCGAGCCGGCUGGUGACGGGUCGAGCUCGCACCCGAAGUGGCAGAUCGGGGAGCAGGAGUUUGAGGCUCUGAUGAGGAUGCUGGAUAAUCUGGGCUACAGGACUGGUUAUCCAUACCGUUGCCCGGCGCUGCGCGAUAAAGCUAAAAAGUACAGUGAUGUUGAGAUUCCCCCGUCAGCCACGGGCUACUCAUACGCUGAGGACAGUGACUCGGGUGCACGCUCCCCAUUAAAGCACAGCUUUCAGCGGCAGCAGCGGGACAAGACCCGCUGGCUAGCUGCCGGGCGGCCCGACGAAUCGGCAGAAGAGGGGCAGGACGGCAGCGGUAGCCCCAAGGCGAAGACUAAGGUGUGGACGAACAUAACACACGAUCACGUCAAACCCUUGCUGCAGUCUCUCUCGUCCGGUGUCUGCGUGCCAAGCUGUAUUACCAACUGCUUGUGGACUAAGGAGGACAGUCUCCGACAGGCAGCGGUGGCCAAUCAGUUUGUCCCGAUGAACACCAACCCCAAAGAAGUCCAAGAGAUGCGCAACAAGAUCCGUGAGCAGAAUCUGCAGGACAAAAAGACGGCAGGUCCACAGUCGCAGGUGCUCACAGGUGCCAUGGUGGACCGUUCAUAUGUCCAGAGAGUGACUAUAUGGCAUGACGCUCCUCUCUCUGACUGUACGGACUCUAUUGAUGGCAUUGACCCUUCAGAGAGCUUUAGUCCCUCUAGGUCUAUCCGAAAGGGGGAGCUAGUGACUGCAUCUAAAGCUAUCAUUGAGAAGGAGUACCAACCACGUGUCAUCGUCAGUAAAACUGGACCAAACCCCUUCAACAAGCUCACAGACCAGGAGCUGGAUGAGUAUCGCAGGGAAGUGGAGCUCAAGCAGAAGGGCCCAGAAGCACAGGUUGAGGAGUCGUCCUCGGCCCCUGAAGAAGUCCAGACUCCAGACGUCACAUCCACGCAGGAACAUGAGGAUCCGCAGGCCUCCGUCACCCCUCCACCCUCCACAAUCGAAUCGGGCCUCGCGUCGGGUCAGGACAGCCCGGAGGAUGAUCGGGAAUCCCCUCAUAAAGAGUUUCACUCCGCUGUGCUAAAAGCUCUGGGCUGUGACGCCGAGUCUGAGCGUGACGGGCCGUCUGCAGGUCAGACACUGGAGAUUGAAGAGGGGAAAGUUCCCAGCACCACCUGCACUCCUCCCAGCUCACCUGUGCGUGUGGAGGAAGAGGCACAACAGGAACAAACGUUCAAAGACGAGAGUGACGCCGCCACUUUAAGACAGACCCUCCCUGAUCUGACCCCCGAUGAACCCUCAGAAGUCGCCGCCCUCCCUGCAGAAGACCCCGCCCCUGGACAGGCUGACUCCGCCCCUCAGCCUGAGGGGGAGGAGCCUGUCGCAGGGGACGAUGCGGCUGGUGAUCACGGCAGCGACGAAUCGCCCAACAAAUCCCCAUCGAAGAAAAAGAAGAAGUUUCGCACCCCGUCGUUCCUAAAGAAAAACAAAAAGAAGUCUGAAACCCAGUGAGGAAGCUUUGCUCCGGCGUUUCGACAAUACCUUUUCUUUAAAUCGAUUUGCUUUUGUACUGUGUUCACAUUUAGUGUGCCGAUCUUUUUAUUAAAGCCUCAUGUUGUUUUAUUCUUUUAAUAAAUGCUGGCUGAAGUACAGCUCGUUAAGCAUGUUCCACACACAUCUGUUUUUAUGAAGAAAAUUGCAAUCUGAAAACCAAUAACCACUAUAAUGUCUCGGAAAUGUAUCUGAUGUAAUUGUUAGAGGAAAUGAAUUAAUGAAAGAGUUCCUUCUGCUGUUCGCUGAAAAUCUUUGCUCUGCUGCAUGUUUAUGAUUUUUCAAAUCAUAUCUAUAAACAUCUUAAAAAAUAGAAAUAACCUGGAGUGAAAUAAUCAUAACAUCUCAUCUGGCCACAGUGUAAUAUAAGCUUACGAUAAUAUUCUGAUCAGCGCAGAUUUGUUUUCGGAUGGAAAUCGAAUGAGUUUUUAAAAUGGGUGAAUCUCACAAAACCUGUUAAUUACACAUUUCAUACCGAAGUCAAAGCAAAGAAGCCAUUUUUCAAUUUUCUUUUAAGGAAAUGAAGCCUUUAUUGUGAUAUUUUCAUAAAAAGAAGCACACUUUCCUCCCAAUUCUCUGGUAAAUACACGUUUUUUAGCACGAAUUCUAGGA